UCAACGGUGGCCAGAUCAAAUAUCUUACGGUUGCGCCAUAUUUCGUCAUGCCACCUUUACGCACAAAUCCUGGAAGCACUGCAGAUCAUGGAUCAGCAAUAAUUAGAAUACCGCCUAAUAAUUAUAUUCAUGUACUUGAUAAGACCACUAACAUCUCCCGCUUAUAUUUGGGUCCGAAGACACACAUAAGACAAGAAAAUGAAAGACUUGUUUUUGGCCCGGAGCCUAUGGUGUCACUCACUUCAUUCAACUAUUGUAAAAUAUCUAACCCUGUUUUGAAGGAUGAGAAAGGGGAAAUUGUGUUUGAGCAUGGUGCUGCGAAGCUAAGGUUUGGAAGGGAAGAAUAUCGCUUCAACCAACAGCCAUUUCCUCUCUACCCCGGGGAAAUUUUGAGUCUCCCGGUUACUCCACUAGAAAUAGUCAAGCCUAAUGAUGCUCUUGUCUUGAGUGCAUUGCUUGAUUUUGUUGAUUCAAAAGGUAUCAAAAGGAUUGCAGGAGAUGAAUGGCUUCUAGAAGGUCCAGCUACUUAUUAUCCAAGGAUAGAGGAAACUGUAAAGACUCAACGGACAGCAUUGAUAGUAAAAAAAGGGGAUGCAAUACGGCUCCGUGCUUUGAGGGAUUGUAUCGAUCGGCAAGGGAAAAAGCGCAAAUAUGGCGAGGAAUGGAUUGUGACUACCGAAGGCGCUUAUCUUCAUGGUCCUUACGAGGAAUUCGUCCAGUAUGUUACUUCCAUACCAUUGGAUGAGCAGGCAAGACCACUUUUUAAUAAGAUUAGUUUGCACUCUGUAUCGAUUAUGGGAUGA